AUCAUUUCAACUCAAGACUUCAGCCAGUGAGCCACAGUCGUAGUGAGAGCCAAACACUUGUGUAAAACCUCAAAAUCUGCAACAUUGCGAGGAAUUUCAAGCCGUAUUUGUGACCUAAGCCUUCAGUGAACUGAGUUAGCAAAGAGUCCUGAUACCACCAGAUACUUCUUGUGGAAAAUUCAGAGACCACAAUCUGCCACAAGAAAACCAUGUCUGCCUUCAACAUGGACAUCAUUGAAUCUUUUAACCAAGCUGUCAAAGACAUGCAAUGGGAAGAGCUAGUUUCUACUGUCAGACUGGCUCUCGAUGAUGUAUUGGCGGAAGAAGCUAACGCUUCACUUCCCACCUUCACUCCACCUGCACCUGCCCCUGUCCAUGCUGGGUUUGAGCAAUACACCGAUACUAAGCCUGGUGAAAUGAAGGACAGGGAGUUUGGGGAUUUUGAGCCCGCUGAAGCAGUUACGCUGUUUGAUCUAGACAGCUCAGGGUCUAUCCCUGCUCCUGCCUUGGUGUAUGAAACACAUGAAGACAUUAUGGAACAAAGUCAUUACCAGGCAAAUGCAAACCAGGAGCAGUUGCUGUCCCAUCAGUGGACUGUAGAUAAUGCUGCAACAGUAUCCCCAGCUGCCAGUCAGCCUGUGAGCGCUGCUGCUCCUCAACAAUUGGUCAAUGGACUGGAGAUCAUCUCUGAAGAGCUCAUGAAGCAGCUGCAGCCUGUUGGAGAGUAUAAUGGGACUGUGAUAUUUGACUACCGAACAGUAGCUGCUCCUCUCAACACCCCAGUCUCAAAGAAGAGAAAGCGUGAGAGUGAUGGAGACGGGCCAUAUAUAAAGAAGCCACUCAACGCGUUCAUGCUAUUCCUGAAGGCCCAACAUCCAUUAGUUGCAGAUGACAUAGCUAAAGGAGGGAGAACAGCAGUGACUAAGCACCUGGGGGCUGUGUGGAAGUCGAUGACAAACGAAGAGCAGGCCAAGUAUUACACUCAGGCUGAUGAAGAAAGGCGGCUUCAUGCUCUGAAAUACCCUGAGUGGUCCAAUUUGGACAGCUAUGUCAAAAAGAAGAAAAGGGUCAGGAGGAGAGGUUCUUCCACAGCCUGGACCACAGAAAUGAGGCCCCUGCAGUCUGUUCUGGCGCUGCCUCCGCCAACACAGACGGGUUGGAUGUCGCUGCAAAACCAGUCAAACCAAGUGCAACUGCCACACAGACCCACUCCACUCCCUUAUCCGGGCUGCCACAUUUGUCAGAUGCAACAGAUGUAUAAUAACAUCCCUGGUCCGCCGCUGUCAGGAGUAGCGACCACGUCCUGGGCUGUCCGACCUGCAUAUGGACAACCCUUUUGAAAAGUUCAAAUAAAACUUGAAACAUA